AUGGCAUCACGCAAGAAGGUUCUAUUGAAGGUCAUCAUUCUAGGCGACAGUGGCGUGGGCAAGACCAGUUUGAUGAACCAAUAUGUAAACAAGAAGUUCUCCACAUCCUACAAGGCAACAAUAGGUGCCGACUUUCUCACAAAAGAAGUUACAGUUGACGACCGCAUCGUCACCCUCCAGCUCUGGGACACAGCUGGACAAGAACGCUUCCAAUCUCUCGGUGUAGCCUUCUACCGUGGCGCCGACUGCUGUGUCCUAGUCUACGACGUCAAUAGCUCCAAGUCAUUCGAAACCCUAGAUUCCUGGCGGGACGAAUUCUUGAUUCAGGCAUCACCUCGUGAUCCUGACAGCUUCCCUUUCGUGGUGUUGGGAAACAAGGUGGAUAUGGGUGAGGAAAGGCGGAUGAUCACACAGAAGAGAGCGCAUACGUAUUGCCAGCAAAGAGGUCAAAUGCCAUAUUUUGAGACAAGUGCAAAGGACAACGUGAACGUGGAGCAAGCAUUUGAGGUCAUUGCACGGAAUGCUCUGUUGCAGGAAGAGAGUGAGGAGUACGGGGGUGAUUUUUCGGACCCGAUCAAUAUCAACUUGGAUCAGGAUCGUGAAGGAUGUGCCUGCUAA